AUGACUCCAACGCCGCAGGAGCAGCAGCAGCUGCUGCAGAGCAUUCGGCAGCAGCUGCAGCAGGGCACAGCAGAUGUCAGCCGCUGCAGCGAGCAGCUGUCGCAGCUGAAGCUGCUGCAGGUUGCUGCGCUGGCGGGAGUUGCUGCUGCAGCAGCAGCAGCAGCAGCACCAGAGCCAGCUGAGGCGCAGCGGCUCAUCCUGGCCCGCAGCACCUUCGAGACUGCAGCAAUGCUCUGCGUCUACCAACUGCAGCAGCAGCAGCAGCAGCAGCAGCAGCAGCCGCAAGACGAAGAGACUCACGAGCAGCAAAUGAAAGACACAGCAGAUGCUUUCCAAAGACACAUGAAUAUGCUGCAGCCCUUCUACGCCGACUUGGCCCACGUGCUGCCGCCUUCGGAGCUGCAGCAGGAGCUGCAGUGUCUGCAGCUGCUGCACUACUUGUCGGGGGACUGCAUUGCUGAGCUGCACGUGGCCCACGACAGGCUUUCUGAGGAG